AUGACACCGGCACUAGUGGAUGACGGCCAGCCUGCCUGGAAUAGGUUGAUUCGCUUCGAAGACAUCAACGGCAAAGAGAGAUAUGGCGAGCCCGUAGACGAUGACCUCGAUGUUGGAAUCGCUUUACACCGUGGCGAAGAUGUAUAUGCCAGGAUUGUUCGAACCGAGUCAGCCCUGGACCUAUCAGCCGUCCUCUCGGCAGACAUCGUUCAAGUCAAAAAGGCGGAAAUGAAGUUGUCAAUCCCUGAAACCCCCACAAUGUUCCUCAAGGCAACGGAAACCAUCAACCACCCUUCAGGCCACAUCAUUGCUCCCCACUGCGCAGACCUGCACGACUGCCACCUGGACUACGAGGUGGAACUCGCCGUUGUCAUCGGCAAGACGUGCAAAGAUGUCUCCGAGCAUCAGGCCAUGGAGCAUGUUCUGGGCUACAUGACCGCCAACGAUGUCACCGCACGGACACACCAGAACGAAGUCUCACAGUGGGAUCGCGGCAAGGGCUUCGAUGGGUUUGCUCCAAUCGGACCGGCGCUAGUCUCGUCCAAGAUUAUUCCUGACCCGUCGGUUCUGAAGCUGCAGACUAUCCUCAACGGCGAGGUCAUGCAGCAGGGCGAGGCGAGCGACAUGAUCUUCACGGUACCAAAGAUUGUCUCAUUUCUUUCCCAGGGCUGCACGUUGCAAAAGGGGACUAUCAUCUUGACGGGAACCCCUUGCGGCAUUGGCGUCAGCCGGAACCCACCCGUUCGGCUUGUUGAAGGGGAUGAGCUAUUCGUGACUAUCAGCCAUGGCCUUGGCUCGCUGACCAAUCCGAUUGCGUUUAAACCGUCUACGCAUUUGGAGUCUAAACACGCACAGCUUAUUGAUGCGAAGAUGUAA